AUGACACCUGCCAUCUCCUGCACAAGGCACAAGGGGACAGAGCCACGGGCAGCCAGCCGUUGUCUGCAUGCCCAUGCACCCGUUGCCGGGUUGGGGACAGGACCACUUUACCUGAACAUUAUAAACUAUUCAAAGGUCAGCCAUGGUGUCGUUCAGACCCGGCGGAAAUCCCUCAACGCCGUUACGCCGCAGGGUUACCUGAGCCGAUUACAAGUUCAAUGCUCGGCCGAACAUUCAUUGUCCCAGGUGGCACCAGAGGCCAUUAGGGUCCGCAAGGCCGACAAGCAACUAGUCGAGUAUGAUACUUUUGGUACAUAUGCCGGGUUACAAAAUAUCCAGUAA